AUGGACCAACAGGGGAGAAAGCAGGCGAAAUGGUGCUCGAUCGAGUCAUUCAAGCUCGAUCGAGUCCGUGCACAAGAGGAGGUUCGAUCGACCUCAUACGCAGAAGCCAGCUCGAUCGAACACAUGCAGAAUGAGCUCGAUCGAACCCAUUGUCGACGACGUACUCGAUCGAUCCCAUGCAGAGCAAGCCAGCUCGAUCGAUCCCGUUCUAUCUCAGCCGUUCCGAUCAACCCCGCUCAGAUGACAUCACAGCCGUUCGAUCUACUUGGUGCAAACCGACUCGAUCGAACCGCUGCGAACCGGAUUGAACCAAGUCGACCCUGCACUAUUUAG